AUGCCUAAGAAGCUCAGGUGCUCGUUCGAGGACUGCAAGGCGGCAGCCCAGCGCAUUUCGGGAGAUUGCGCCUUCUGCCAAGGGCAUUUCUGCAACAACCACCGUCUAUUAGAAGACCACAAAUGCCGGAAUUUGGAAGACUGCAAGAGGGAAGCGUUUGAGCAGAACGCAAAUCAGCUCUACAAGGAGCGGACCCAAGUCAUCAAGACAGCCUAG